AUGUCUACCGCUGCGCCUGUGACCAACAACAACGAAGCCAGCCGAGCCAACCAUACCACUUCCCCCCAGAUCCGCAAGCGCUCCCGAUCGAACUCUGGUGCGAGCAUCGGCACGGGCCAGAAGCGACAGAACCUCGAAAACGGCGAGCAUCAGCAGCAAGACCACCACCAUCCGCCCCUCAAACAGGAAGAGCCCGAGCCGACGCAGCCCCAGGUCAAUGUCGGCAUGACUUCAACCGCCCCGGCUGCAGCACCCGCUGCCUCACUGGCAGGCGCACCGCAGUCCACCGGCAACAGCACCGGAGCCAAUGGGGCCCUGCCAUCCAGCAAUGGCGGCCCCCCGCCACACGAAUCAGCCGACAUCCCCUCCCUCUCUCACGACCCUAACGCCCGUUCCGACUCCCAAUCCCAGCCAUCCAUGGGCCUCCAACACCAAGGCACCUCUUCCCAGCAGCAGGCCGCCGCCCAUCCCGUCGCGGCCACCCAAACCAUCCAGAUGCGUGCCCUGAUCGUCACCCAAGACGCCAGUAUCAUCAUCGGCAAAGGUGGACGUCAUAUCAACGAGGUCCGUGAGAAGUCGGGUGCCAGAGCGACGAUCUCGGAGGCCGUACCCGGAAACGCCGAGCGGAUCUUGAGCGUGGCCGGUCCGUUGGAUGCGGUAUCGAAAGCGUUCGGGCUGAUUGUCCGAAGGAUCAACGACGAGCCGUUUGAUGUGCCCUCAGUGCCGGGAUCGCGUGCGGUGACGAUCCGGUUUAUUGUUCCGAAUUCGCGGAUGGGCUCGGUGAUCGGGAAGGCGGGGAGCAAGAUCAAGGAGAUCCAGGACAUGAGCGGGGCGCGGGUGCAAGCAUCGGAGGCCCUGCUGCCGGGGAGCACCGAGCGGGUGCUCUCGAUCUCGGGCGUCGCCGAUGCGGUCCACAUCGCGGUCUACUACGUCGGCAUGAUCCUGGUCGACAACCAGGAACGGAUGCCGCCCAACACGAGCUACCGACCCGGCGGGGGCGGGCCGAGCGGUGGGGGGAGUCAACUUGGCCAUUCGGUCGGCCACGGCGGCGGCGGCGGCGGUGGCGGACAACUGGGCCACCACCACAUGGGCGGACGCGUGCCUCCUGGAGGAGGAGCCGUUGGACCGGUAGGCGGCGGAGGCGGAGGGUACGGGCCGUACGGAGGCGGAGCCGGCCCAGGCGGGAUCCCCCACGCCCACCAUCUGCACCACAACCUGCACCACCCCGGGCCUCCCUCGGCCGGCGGGCCUCCCGGCGCCGGCCCCGGCGGAUACCCCAACCCGGCCCACCAACCCGGCAGCCAGACCCAGCAGAUCUACAUCCCCAACGGCUUCGUCGGCGCCGUCAUCGGCAAGGGCGGCCAGAAAAUCAACGAGAUCAGGCAGGCUUCCGCCACCCAUAUCAAGAUCAUGGAGCCUGGCGAAGGUGGCCAAGACUCGAGUGCGAACGAAAGGUUGGUCACUAUUACCGGUCAACCGAUGAACAUCCAGAUGGCCGUCUCCCUCUUGUAUCGUCGCUUGGAAGCCGAAAAACUCAAGUUCGAAAAUCCUGGAAUGGCAGGCGGACUCUAA